GAAAGACCACGCGCAUAUAUAAGAAAGAGUUCCAUCUAGAUAUUAUUUGUCUAUGGUGCAAAAGGUUCAUAAAUACUCAUAUUUACAAUGUUUGGUAAGUUACGUGAUUAUAUUCUUUAUCAAGAAGAAGAAGCAGAGUAGUAAAAUUAAAAUUGCAUUUUAGGUUAGGUUAGAAACAUAUUUGUUAUGGACGCUAUCAGUUUUUUAUAAAUUGCGUAUCGAAUAUUUGAAAAAAAUUUCUCAGUGAUGACACUCAACGAAUACUCUUGUCGGCUCUGCCUUAAGACAGACGAAAAGUAUGAACUAAUAGAUGAUUUUACCAAAGACAUACUAAAUGUUCUCUCGCUAAGACUGAUAUUAGAUGACAGGAAAAAACCCCUAAUGUGUACCACCUGCAGCGAAAAAAUAAAGUUAGCGUUAGAGUUUAAAUCAAUUUGUUUGGCUACCGAUGAUACUAUUUUCCCUUACAUCGAUUGCGAGGAGUUGCAACUAAACCUGAGAGACAUUUAUAUGAAGGAAAGUGGAAGUAAGCAAUCCAUAAAUUUGUCAGUCGAUCAAAAAGUGUGCAGUUUAUGUAUGCAGCUAGUGGGACAUACAUUUAUAGAUAUACGUGAAGAAGAGGUUAAAACUAUUCACAAAUUCGUUCCCGAAAUGAAUAUCAACGUCGUUAGGGAUCCCGUUAUAUGUAAACGCUGUUUUGAGUCCCUCAACGCACAUAAUAGUUUCCUAGGCCACUGUUUAGAGGUAGAGGAAAAAAUUGGAUAUAUGGAAAUGGAGGUUAAAGAUAAUGAAUGUGACGAAAUCUCCGUUACGUCUCGAGGCAUUGACAAAAAAUUUGAGGAAAAACAGCAAGGGAGUAAUUUAAGGGAGAAAAUCCACAGCGGAACGCAAAAUGUAGAAGAAACGAGCAUUAUCCGUGCUCGGACGGAAUUCGAUACCUUAGAACGUGAAGAAGCUCCGUCGGAAUUAGAAAUUCGUCCGUUAAUGGAUAACGAUCAGUCCCGCACACAGAUACACGAUGUUCCAAAACAGAAAGAUGCCUUAGAGGUGCAGUCGCAUACACUGAAAGGAAAGAAACCUCCAGAAGUGCAAGUCUACAGCUGUCAAGUGUGCAGCUUCCAAACUAAGUAUAACAACACAUUUCGGAAGCACCAGUUCGCACACACGUGCCCCGACGUACAAUUACUCAAAUGUAAAAAAUGCUCUUACAAGACUAUGUACAAGGCACAACUUACUGUACACAAGAGAACCCACAAAAAGCACUCCAACACACAGAUAUACAAGUGUGAAAAGUGCAAGUACCAAACGACCGUCGGUAAACUUUUACGUAAACACAAUCUGAUGCACGAGGAGUACGAGGGUACACAAAUGUACGCAUGCGACAAGUGUAAAUACCAAACGAAGAUCUGGGAUUAUUUCCGUAGACACCAGUUGAAGCACGAAGACACGCCACAUUAUAAGUGUGAUAAAUGUGAGUAUCAGUCGAAUGUAAAGAGAUAUUUCAAUAGACAUCAGUUCUUGCACGGAGAAGGCACAAACACGCAGGUGUACGUCUGCGGAAAGUGCGAGUACCAGUCGAACAACACAAAUUAUUUCCGUUGGCACCAGUCGAAACACGAAGAGAACAAAGGGGCACGAACGUACAAAUGUGACAUUUGUGAAUACCAGUCGUGUAUUAGGAAAGAUCUACGCGUGCACAAGAUGACGCACGAAGAGUACAGUGGGACGCAAAAUUACAAAUGUGGCAAAUGCAAGUACCAGUCGAAUAUCAGGAAAAACUUCUAUAGACACCAGUUGUGGCACGGCGAGGGCAAAAACAUAAAAAUAUUUAAGUGCGAAGAGUGCGACUACCAGUCAACAGUCAAGAUUUAUUUCUGUCAACACCAGUCGAGGCACAAAAAGUACAAGGGGACGCAUAUAUACAAAUGUGACGAAUGCAAAUACCAGUCGAAGAUUAGGAAAAAUUUCCAUAAACACAAGUUGACGCACGAGAGGCGCAAAAACUCGGGAACGGGUGAGUACGGGUCGACCAUCGGGACACAUUCCGAUCAGUAGCGAUUAUUGGGAUGCGAAGAACAAGGAAUCAACAAGAAGUGAAUGAUAGAGUUCUGCUCUACCAGCAACAACAUAAGCGUUUUAUUGUGUUUUAGAGGUUAUAAGGAUUUGUUUCGAUUCCAUAAAUAAACGA